AGGAUGCGUAAAAAGUGGAAUAGGUGUGUUCAAAUAAAAGCUCCCCUAGGGGCUAGGGCUUCGCAAGAAGCCAUAUAAACAGCCAAAAAAAACCCCAUCUUUUUCUUUAGCUCCUCUGUGAAAACCCUAACACCGACUCGAUCUAGAGCAUAGCGAACAGAGAUGGCAAAGUCGAAGAAUCACACGGCUCACAACCAGUCUUACAAGGCUCACAAGAACGGGAUCAAGAAGCCCCGAAAGCACCGCCACACUUCCACCGAAGGGAUGGAUCCGAAGUUUCUGAGGAACCAGAGGUAUGCAAGGAAGCACAACAAGAAGAGUGGCGAAGCUGCUACCGAGGAAGAGUAAUUUCGACAUAGAAUUUACUUUCAGGAUGAAACAAUUUUUGUUAGAUUGUUCUGUGUUUUAACCCCAUUUCUGUUUUUUUAAUAUCUUUGUCUGUUGAAGAUCAUAUAUUUUGAGCUCUUAUUGCUAGUUGUUCUUAUAGGAUUUGUUUUUCUUAUAAUUUUGUUUGUUCCUCUAA